AUGGCACGUGUUCGCUGUUGCACAGAUUUGGAUAAGACUGUGUUGACCCAGAAUUUUGACAAGCGUUUUUGGAUGACAGUGAAUUCAGAUGAGGACUGGAAUUUCUAUUGGGCAUCCGUUACUACUGUUCGUGCAAUAUUUAAUCCAUCGAAUGACCAUCCACGUUUAACUGAUAAUCAAGUGAUCAAUCAUUUCCCAAAUCAUUAUGAACUCACGAGAAAAGAUUUGAUGGUUAAAAAUAUUAAACGAUAUCGUCGUGAACUUGAGAAAGAUGGAAAUCUGCUCGCCGAGAAAGAUGAUUAUGGUUCAUAUAAGUAUCUAGAUUUCAUUCCAGUUACUUAUAUGAUGCCUGCAGAUUACAAUUUAUUUGCUGAUGAUUUUCGUCGUGAUCCUAACCAUACUUGGAUUAUGAAGCCAGCUGGACGAGCACAAGGAAAAGGUAUAUUUUUGAUUAAUAAAAUGUCUCAAAUUAAAAAAUGGUCACGUGAUGGAAAAUCAGUACCAUCGGCUGCACAACCGCGAGAAACUUACGUUAUAUCGAAAUACAUCGAUAAUCCGCUGUUAAUCGGUGGUAAAAAAUUUGAUCUACGUUUAUAUGUUCUUGUGACGUCUUUCAAACCACUAAAAUGUUAUUUAUAUCGAUUGGGGUUCGGUCGAUUUUGUACAGUGAAGUAUAUACCGUCAACCAACGAUAUUGACAAUAUGUUUGUACAUUUAACCAAUGUUUCCUAUCAAAAGCAGAGUGAAGAUUAUAAUUCUAUUCAUGGAGGAAAAUGGUCGAUUGACAAUCUACGGUUGUAUCUCGAAGGAACACGUGGAAAGAAACUAACAGAUCGAUUGUUCGAUGAAAUAUCUUGGAUUAUCGUUCAUUCUUUACGUGCAGCAGCUGCUGUUAUUACCAGUGAUAGACAUUGUUUUGAAUGCUACGGAUACGACAUCAUUAUCGAUGAUAAUCUUAAGCCUUGGUUGAUCGAAGUCAAUGCAUCGCCAUCGUUGACGUCUACAACAGCAAACGAUCGUAUCAUGAAAUUUAAACUUAUCAAUGAUAUUCUCAAUAUCGUUGUACCCAAUGGCGAUAUUCCUGACAUACGCACGAAAUUCUCUAAUAUCUCAUCGUCACCUGAAGCUCUCGGUAACUUUGAUGUGCUCUAUGAUGAAGAUCAAGCAUCGUGUGAAUUGAAUGACAAAGACUUUCGUGAGCAGAAAGCACGAGGUGGUAUUGUGCCGUUAAUAUCGAAAACCGGUAUGCCUUUCGGAAAAACGAAACAAUCAUCGGCAUGGAGAUGA